CCUAAAAAACCCCCCAAACCCCCCCCGUCUCCCCCCGGGCCAUGUUCCGCCGCCUGCGCCGCCCUCGCCCGGCGCCCGCCGCGGUGUCCCCGGUGACCGAGUCCAUGAAGUCCCUCUACAAGUCGAAGCUGCUGCCGGCCGAGGAGCUGUGCGGGCGCGCCGGGCUGCGCUGGCCGCCGCUGGCCGACGCCGACUUCGAGGCCAAGCCGGCGGUGCUGGUGCUGGGCCAGUGCUCGAGCGGGAAGAGCUCCCUGAUCCGGUACCUGCUGGAGGCGCCGGUGCCGGGCGCGCGCCUGGGCCCCGAGCCCAGCACCGACGGCUUCGUGGCCGUCAUGCACGGCCCGGCGCCGGGGCUGAUCCCGGGCAACGCGCUGGUGGUGGAUCCCAGCAAACCCUUCCGGCAGCUGGAGGCCUUCGGGAACGGCUUCCUCAACCGGGAUCCAUUCCCAUACUUGUUUCCAGGCUACGACUUCCCGGCCGUGCUGCGCUGGUUCUUGGGCUACGACUUCCCGGCCGUGCUGCGCUGGUUCUUGGGUUGGAUUAUUUCAGAUUUAAGGCCAGAUUUAGGAUUUCCACCCGAAUUUCGGGAUCCAACCCCACACUUGUCUCCAGGCUACCACUUCCCGGCCGUGCUGCGCUGGUUCGCCGAGCGCUCGGACCUGGUGAUCCUGCUCUUCGACGCGCACAAGCUGGAGAUCUCGGAGGAGUUCUCGGCGGCGCUGGCGGCGCUGCGCGGCCACGAGGAGAAGCUGCGCGUGGUGCUCAACAAGGCGGACGCGCUGGGCGCCCAGCAGCUGCUGCGCGUCUACGGGGCGCUGCUCUGGAGCCUGGGCCGCGCCCUGGACACGCCCGAGGUGCCGCGGGUCUUCGUGGGCUCCUUCUGGGACCGGCCGCUGCUGCGCGAGGAGCACCGGCGCCUCUUCGAGCUGGAGGAGCAGGAGCUCUUCCGGGAGAUCCGCCAGCUGCCGCGCAACGCCGCGCGCC